AUGUCUCGGCGGACGCGCGGUGAGGAACUGGAUGAACUGCAUUACCAGGACACAGAUUCAGAUGUGCCAGAGCAGAGGGACAGCAAGUGCAAGGUCAAGUGGACCCACGAGGAGGACGAGCAGCUGAGGGCACUGGUGAGGCAGUUUGGACAGCAGGACUGGAAGUUCCUGGCCAGCCACUUUCCUAACCGCACUGACCAGCAAUGCCAGUACAGGUGGCUGAGAGUUUUGAAUCCAGACCUUGUCAAGGGGCCAUGGACCAAAGAGGAAGACCAAAAGGUCAUUGAACUGGUCAAGAAGUAUGGCACGAAGCAGUGGACACUGAUUGCCAAGCACCUGAAGGGCCGACUGGGGAAGCAGUGCCGUGAGCGUUGGCACAACCACCUCAACCCCGAGGUGAAGAAGUCCUGCUGGACCGAGGAGGAGGAUCGCAUCAUCUGUGAGGCCCACAAGGUGCUGGGCAACCGCUGGGCUGAGAUUGCCAAGAUGCUUCCUGGGAGGACGGAUAAUGCUGUGAAGAACCACUGGAACUCUACCAUCAAAAGGAAAGUGGAUACGGGAGGCUUCCUGAAUGAGUCCAAAGACUGCAAGCCCCCCGUGUACUUGCUGCUGGAGCUCGAGGACAAGGAUGGCCAUCAGAGUGCCCAGCCUGCAGAAGGCCAGGGAGGUCUCAUGACCAGCUGGCCCCUGGUGCCUCCUGCCAUGAAGGAAGAGGAAAGCAGUGAGGAGGAGCCUGCAGCAGCCACCACCUCUAAGGAGCAGGAGGCUGUCUCUGCAGAGCUGGAUGGACCGCGAACACCAGAGCCCUUGGAGGAAUUCCCCAAGCGUGAAGAGCAGGAGGGCUCCCCUGCCGAGACGAGCCUGCCCUACAAGUGGGUGGUGGAGGCAGCAAACCUCCUCAUCCCUGCUGUGGGGUCCAGCCUCUCUGAAGCCCUGGACUUGAUUGAGUCGGAUCCCGAUGCUUGGUGUGAUCUGAGUAAAUUUGACCUCCCGGAGGAGCCGUCCAUGGAGGGCAGCAUCAGCAGUAGCCUGGUGCAGCCCCAAGCAUCACAUCAGCAGCAGGCCCUGCCGCCCCACCAGCCAGCUGCCCUGGUGCCCAGUGUGACCGAGUACCGCCUGGAUGGCCAUACCAUCUCAGACCUGAGCCGGAGCAGCCGGGGCGAGCUGAUCCCCAUCUCCCCCAACACUGAAGUUGGGGGCUUGGGCAUCAGCACGCCACCCUCUGUGCUCAAGCGGCAGAAGAAGAGGCGUGUGGCUCUAUCCCCUGUCACAGAGAACAGCACCAGCCUGUCCUUCCUGGACUCCUGUAACAGCCUCACCCCCAAGAGCACACCUGUCAAGACCCUGCCCUUCUCGCCCUCCCAGUUUCUGAACUUCUGGAACAAACAGGACACACUGGAGCUGGAGAGCCCCUCGCUGACAUCCACCCCCGUGUGUAGCCAGAAGGUGGUGGUUACCACGCCCCUGCACCGGGAUAAGACACCCUUGCACCAGAAACACGCUGCGUUUGUAACCCCAGAUCAGAAGUACUCCAUGGAUAACACUCCCCACACGCCAACCCCAUUCAAGAACGCCCUGGAGAAGUACGGACCACUAAAGCCCCUGCCCCAGACCCCGCACCUGGAGGAGGACCUGAAGGAGGUGCUGCGCUCCGAGGCCGGCAUCGAGCUCAUCAUCGAGGAUGACGUGAGGCCUGAGAAGCAGAAGAGGAAGCCUGGGCUGCGGCGGAGCCCCAUCAAGAAAGUCCGCAAGUCCCUGGCUCUUGACAUCAUGGAUGAGGACAUGAAGCUGAUGAUGUCCACACUGCCCAAGUCCCUGUCUUUGCCAACAAAUGUCCCAUCAAGCUCCUCCGGCCUCACCCUGUCAGGCAUCAAAGAGGAUAACAGCCUUCUUAACCAGGGCUUCCUACAGCCCAAGCCCGAGAAGGCAGUGGCAGCCCAGAAGCCCCGAAGCCACUUUCUGACACCUGCCCCUAUGACCAGUGCCUGGAAGACGGUGGCCUGUGGGGGGACCAGGGACCAGCUCUUCAUGCAAGAGAAAGCUCGGCAGCUCCUGGGCCGCUUGAAGCCUAGCCACACAUCUCGGACCCUCAUCUUGUCCUGA